CUGGAAGAUGAUCCUGACUGCAAAAAUACUUGUUUUUGCGCUGAACUGUGUCCUAAGAGUGGCAACAGGCUUUGACAUUGGAUUAUCUACGAAAUGUGUAGUGAUCCCCAAGGAGAUGGACAUGUGCCACAAGAUCGGGUACAGCGAAAUGAGGCUUCCCAACCUGAUGGGACACACGAGCAUGGCAGAGGUCAUCCUGAAAUCCGCCGCCUGGCAGCACCUUGCCCACACGGGCUGUCACCCUCACCUGAGGACAUUCCUGUGCUCCCUGUUUGCACCCAUCUGUUUAGAUACGUUCAUCCAUCCUUGUCGGAGCAUGUGUGUCGCCGUCCGUGACAGCUGCGGCCCCGUGCUCACCUGCCACGGGCACCCCUGGCCUGACAGUCUGGACUGCGACCGAUUCCCUGCGGACGAGGACAUGUGCCUGGCAUCUCUUACGAAGGAAUAUAAAUACCUGCACAAAGUCUUACCAAAGCCUGCCUGCCAGGCCUGCCCAGCAGUGGAGGAAUUCUUUACGCACAAAAGAGUUCUUGAAGUUUUCUGUGACAAUAACUUUGCAGUGAAAGUAAAGCUGUCCAAAAAGAGAACAGGGUUUGGUGACCAAGAGUAUAACAUCGAAUGCCAAGUGGAAUUUAUUACCCAGGGCUCACUGUUGCCCUACGAAACUCAGAGCAUGAUACAACAGUGGCUGCUCAUCAAUGAAAACUGUAUGCGGAGGAUGACUCCGACCCAUCGUCCCAUGGUGUAUCUCCUCGUGGGGAAUAUUGAAGAUGGCACCAUUUUAGUAAACCAGGUUUAUCGUUGGCAGAGGAGGGACUCCCAGCUGACUUUGGCCACUCAGAAGUGGAGAUACCAUAAAUGCUUGUAA